AUGCAGCCCUGGGGCUGGGAUGGCGAGCACGACGGCCACGAGUGUGUUUCGGGCCCUUGGAGCCCAGCCGAGGGGCUCCAGAGGGGUCUGGGAGGCACGUCCGGCGACACAGCCGCAAUGGGGACUAAGUAUCGAAAGAUGUCUUCCAAAUACGACUUUGUCAAGGUGCGCGUCUUGCUUUGCGGCAAGGACCACUACUAUGUGCUUUCGCGAUACCUCAUCAGCCGCACCCUGACGGUCACGAAGAUUCCUUACGUCAAGGCGGUCAAAAUAGCGCUGGAACUGAAGAAACACCUCGUUGACAUGAACAUGCUGGCUGUCACCCAGGUUCAGAUGGAGCAGACUCUGUUCAGAAUAAUGGAGGGUAAAGGCUUCGGUGCUCCAUACAUUGAGCGGUACCAGAUGGUGAACCAAUUCUUUCAGGAACGUUGUCCACUCCUGAUACUGAUAUGUGGGGCUCCGUGCACCGGCAAAUCAACACUGGCCCAACAGCUGGCUGCCCGCUUGAAUCUGCCCAAUGUCGUGCAGACUGAUCUUGUGUAUCAGCUGUUGCGCUCGAAUGGGGACUCUCCAGUUCACAGUCUGCCUGUCUGGAAACGCUCAGACUUGACACAGGCAGAGGUUAUCACUGAAUUCAGAAGAGAGUGCUGGGUCGUCAGGAAAGGAGUUGAUGGUGAAGUUAAAAAGGCGUUGAAGGAGGGGAAAUCAAUCAUUCUUGAGGGAGUGCACCUCCAACCAGAUCUGUACAUUCAAGAAUUCACAAAGCACACAUGCCACAGCACGAAGUGCCCCAGCGCAUGUGAAACGAAGGAUGAGUGUCAUGAACAUCCAGGGACCAAAGAACCAUUCGAUUUUCAAACAGCGGAACAGUGCAGGUCGAAGUGCCCUUGUUGCGCCCAGGGCGCUGAUAAUUCAUGUGCUGGCGUUCGGAACUGCAGUGGCUCUCCUGCUUCAAGCGCAAAGGGGCACAGGGGUUUGUGUCACGAAUGUUGCGAUGGGGACUUGCCUUGCUGUGCAGCGCGCAUAGAGUUGGAAAACGGGUGGGAAGAGCAGAGGAGUUAUGCUGAGGAAGAGGUGCCUGAGCCCAUGGUAACAUGUGCUGAGGAAGAGCUGGAAUGUAGUCGUGCCUCAGGUGCCCAAGAAUGGGGGCGGGGCAUAUGUGGCCAUGCAACACCUUUGGGCCGCUCGCCUUGGUCUCUGCCAGCGGCUGGCGGCAACCCGACUUCCUUACGCUUCUGCCAGCAUAAUGCGUCCCCAGCGCGGCCAGUUUUCAUGCCCAUCAUUAUUCAAAUGGAUGAAGAUGACCACGAGCUGUUGGCAACGCAAUGGGCGACCCGGAGUGGCUCAGGAGACCCGUUGCAAGGCGGAGCCGAUUUUCGACAGACAUUCUCACGACUCAGACUGUUGCAGAAACACUUGUGCGAAUGGCAUCCAUCCGGCGUGGCUGUGGUUCGAGUGGGGGUUGCCAGAAUGGCGGAAGCUCUGGACAAGCUUCACGAUCACUUUCUGGACUGUAUACAGAAGUCGAUGGACUGA